AUUGGUAAACAUCGACCAGACUGCACGGCGCAACAACCCAGAAGACAGAAAUCUUCAUACUCACCGCUGUGAAAACCUCAAACCUUACAUCACUACAUCUUUUAGCACUAACAAUUAAGUUUACUUAGAUAAAGCCAAUUACGAAUAUCAGGCCUACUCCAUUUCCACUAUACCUUGACGACAAAAUCUGAUAACAUAAAUAAUUUCGAAAGCCAGUGCGCAUGUUUCUCAAUUGAUAAUAUUUAAUGCAGGGAAUUAUAAAAUACUGACCCAGUUACGCCCCAGAUGCGUGCAUGAACAUCUUCAUGUAAGGUGUUCGUUACUGUCGACCGAUUUCAACCAAAAUUGGAAUGUGUCAAUCAACACAUAUUAUUAAAAAUCGCCAAUACAAAAUUUAAUUGACAUCUGUUCAGCUGUUAAAUGCAAGAGGACAGACAGACAGAAAAACGGCGAUGACAAUAAGCGCAUUUUGGCGAAAUUUCGUUUAAAACGCGCCCAUAAAGAUUGAUGGCUUUAUCUAGUGAAUAUUGAACUGUGACGUAUUUAUUUAUCUAGGCAUAUCAGUCAGGUGAAGUUUCAGAUUCCAAGUUCCACAUCUGAUGAGACAAGUUUAGCCACGCUCUUCACUGCCAGUGCUUCUAAAACACUCUGAGUGCUUGCAACGGAAGAUCAUCCAAUGACUUCAUUAGUGGAAGUUCUGGGACUGCGACUGGAGACCGCAACUGUAAACACAGAACAAUUGCAUCCGUCUGAAUGGGGAUAUAUCACGGCAUCAAAAUUCUGCUCGUGACCGUCCUCCUCUUGACACUAUGCGACAAAGUCAACUUGUGUCCCAGGAAGUGUCGUUGCGAUGCAAUCUCAAGACAGAGCAUCAACUGUAAUUGUUCCUGGGUCGCACUGCAAAGAAUUCCUCACGAAGGUGUUGACUUCAACACCACCAAGCUCAUAGCUUCACACAAUAACCUCACUAGUCUGAAGAACACUACAUUUAGUGCUUUCCGUAUGCAGCCGCUGACGGAUAUCAUAUUAGACUACAAUUUCAUUUCUGAAGUGGAUUCUAAGACGUUUGGAGGCCUCGUGGAAUUAAAACAACUUUCCAUAUCACACAAUAUGAUAACGAAUCUUCAUCCAGACACUUUUGCAGAUAUGUUCAAGAUCGAGAAAAUUUAUCUCAGUGAAAACAGUUUAAUAUAUGUACAUCCAAAACUGUUGACGAAAAAUCGGCAUCUUCAGAUACUUAAUAUCGCCAACAACAGAAUCAAGAUUCUCCCAUUAGAUUUAUUCAAAUACAAUAAUAAUCUGACGGAAGUUUAUGCUAAUGGAAAUGAAAUUUCUUUCCUCACUAGUCAACAGUUUCAGCACAAUCCUGAACUCAAAGCUGUUCACCUAGAAGAGAACAAUAUCAUGUUCCUUCACGCAGAUACGUUCAGUUACAGUAGAGUUCUUUUGUAUGUAAACUUAAGUCAUAAUAAAAUACAUCACCUUCUAAGUAACACAUUUCAUAAGAAUUGCCAUCUAAAAAUCGUGGACCUUAGCAACAAUAAAUUAGAAACAAUCUCUGUGUGCCAACAACACUGCUUGUGGGAAAUUAUGAAGAUUGACAUUUCUGGUAACCCAUUGGUUUGUGACAGUGAAAUGGAAGAAAUGUCCGAAUUAUGUAGUAAUCACAGUAUCCAUAUCUUAGGUAAAUGCGGUUCAAGAUCUUUACGAAACUCAACUAGACUACCAAGAGAUAUAAAACUUUUAUCCGAAGACACUAGUGGCCUACCAUCUUCCACUGAGUUAACAUCUACUGAAGGCACCAAAACCCAGUCUCAAGUAACUGGACAUGAGAUCCCAACUUGCGACAGUUACAUUGUCUCAAAUGACGCAAGCGUGACGGUGACAACCAUGAAUGAAUAUGAAAUGAUAUCGACAUUGCUAUCGGACGAAACUGAUCAAAAUGUAACUACAGUCGUCACACUUGUCGAAUAUAACUCCCCCCUCGUAGUGCGAGAAUCAACUGUUCGUGGAUUCCUUUUCAUUGGGACAGAAUGCCUUUUGGCUUGUGCCUUCAUUUUGAGAAAGUUGCUGCGUUCGAAAGACCAGAACGAUUCUACUGUAGCCUCUACGAUCGAACUUCUUUCAGAAUCUGAACCCAAGUCGGAAGGCGAUAAUGAGACACAAGACGAUGAGUGUGAAGACGUCAUCACGAUAGAAGAUGGUGAAGUCUGUAGAUAUCGAUGACAAAUUAGGCCUGAGUUACGAUAAAGCAAAUAAAGUAGCUUUUAACAUGAAAUGAACUAAACCGAAAUCAAAACGGCUUUCCAAAAUAUAGUGUAGGUGUAUUACACCAAACCUCAAGUAAAUCCAUGUAGGAAAUUAAAAAGUACGCUUUUAGGACAGAUCCCAGUUGCCUUACGUUCAUACCAGAUUGCACCCAAAUCCACUCAGCAGUUCUCGAGUUGAAUCGCGCAGACAGACAGACGGACGGACACACAUGGAGAGCUUUAUAAACUAAAAAUCUCAACAUCUUUAGACACUAUAUACAUUCUGCUGUUAACAGACAAGAAUUUCAAGAUACAAGAACAAAUCAACAAUAGCUAACAUACAUACAUUUAAAUCAGAAAGAAAUGCACAAAAGACUCGGCCGACCUCUGUGGCUCACUCCUUCCCUAAUGCAAUUCAAUGUGUUUGUAAGCAAACGAAUGCAUGACUCACGUCGUCCUUGCAGGUGACUUUCUUUUAUUAAUAUCUUUAUAGCUGUCUUCCGCUAUUGGUGCAGCAUUUUUGUCCCUUAUGUGGUGUCACUUACCCACUGAAGGUGACAAGGUAAAAGGCAAAGCAUACUAUCAGCUGAUCUGCUUAGGAGCGAUAAAUACCCUGACACAGAGUUAAUAAUUAACGUUAACUGACUAACUGACAUCACAUGACACACGUUCUUCGGUUCUUUGUACGAAGUGCAUAGCGAGAACACAUUAAAGGACAAGUCGUGUCUGUCCGUCCAUCUGCAUAGUCGAUUCUACUCGAGAACCACUGGAAGGAUUUUGAUGAAAUUUAAUAUUGAGUCUGUGCCAUUCUACACGACCUCAAAAUCGUACUUUUGAAUAUUCUACGAGCGGUAAUAACAAAAUGAUGGCGGGGGAAAUUCGUGAGGUAGACACUGAGGUGCUACGAUCUGGUAGCCGAAGUGGGAACUAUAAUAAUUCUACCAGAUCUGGUUUAUUUUAUGUGUAUUUCCAAAUUGUUGGAAUGCCACGUGACACGACUUUCUAAGUGUCAAACCGAAUCUGACAAAGGAGUCCUUAGUGUGAAUAUAUGUCAUUAUACAGACACCGAAUACAUUUAUUUAGCCAUCCAUAUUUUUUCAAUUUUAAAAAUCGACCUAUCUUCCACUUUCUUCUCAUACUCAUAUCUUCACUCUCGUUAUCAGACAGGAACAUAAUUUUUGCGAAUGUCGAUCUAAGCUCAACAUAAAUCUGAAAUGGUUACAACAUCAUAACAGAAGACCUACCAAGUGUCGAGAACUGGCUGUAUGUUAUAGGCAGACGUGCAGAAAUCUCUACCCACAUUCAAUAUUGCUGCUUUUCUGAACUUGAUCCAUCGUUAAAAAUUCUAAAAGAAUACAACCGCGUUUCGGGAGCUGGCUCUUGUCCUUUCUUCGGGUUAAAAUACUUAUUCUGUUGCGUCUGACAGAAGGGGCUGACAUCAAUCCCUGUCAUGAAGACGGGAGAAGGGCAAAAUCCCGAAACGUAGAGGUCUUCGUUUAGAAUACGGAACGAUGGAUCAACCCUAGAAAAGCAGCAAGAAUGUACGCACAAUUGUUAGAACGCUUUUAGAAUUACACCUAAACUCACAGUUUGGAGACCGAGGGUAAACCAUUGUGACUUCAAGUGGGUACAGCACGCGAAACAACUUUAUGUAAGUCUUCAUGUACAGUUGUUAGAUCUACAACGAAAAUAAAAUGUGUCAACAAAUUCUAGUAUAACUCCCAAAUAAAAAACAUCCGUUCAACUGUUGUCAUUUGUUACGUGGUGAUAAACGGACGCACGGACAGACAGACAGAAAGAAGAAUUUUUGCAACUUCGAACGCACCUGAAGCCUCAAUCUUGAUACCGCGAUGUUUGGUACGGUGGUAGUAAUAUUGCGAUAGUAGGGCAAAAAAUCUAAAUUCUGCUCCUGAUGACUGACGGGACACUCGAUAACGGAGGAGGACCUAACAGGGCAGGGUGAAGUAUGCAAAGAGGCAGUGCGUUGCGUUAUGUAACAGCAGGACACGUUCAGUUUGGCCCUGCUCGAAGCCCUCCCUCCUUCAUGAUUCACUUUCACUGGCUCCGAUACAAGGACAGGCUAUUAAUAUUUCCCUCCAGUAUUUUCUUCGACCUCUAUUUUUCGUUGUUACGUCACGACUUUCACUAAUUUGUAUGGUUUGUGUGUUUUUCUGUAUCUUUGUUUCUAUCGCACUUAGGCUUGUCUACUGCAUUCAUUAUGAAAUAAAUAAACCUAUUAAUUCA